AUGAAAGUGCGUGAGAACUGGUCAAGUUUACCCCUACUUGCCAACUUUGUGGAGUUCAUAUCAGUGAAAAAUGAAUACUUUAAGCCGCUGCUCGGUGCACUUCUGAAGGGUCCAGAACAACCACCAUGGUUCAAGGUAAAACUAUUCGAAGACAUAAGACCCGAUUUGGUCCCACCAUCAGGCAAAGGGACUUUUGAGGGUCAUGAAAUUGAUUUACUCGAUAACUUCAUGAGAGGAACAGAAGAACUUCAAGCUGGCGAUCUUGUAAUUGUAGAUGAUAAUCUUGACGAAGAAUCUCGUGAAUAUUCACGAUAUGAAGUACUGAUGAAAUAUAAUGAAGGUCGCUAUUCUGCUGUUUAUAUAGUGGCUAAACAAACUUGCACCGACAACGAAGAAGCCCUCGACAAUACACUAUACGCCAUGAAAACCGGACUUCGAAAGGACAGUCCGAGCACCCGACUUCGAUUCAAGAGAGAACUAGCAAUUUUGAAGGAGCUGAAGGCCGCUAACGCCGUGCGCUGUCCUCGACUUGUCGAUAGUGGUAGAGUAUGUGAUAGAUCGUACAUUGUGAUGACCCUACUUGACAGAAAUCUGGAAAAACUCAGAGAAAAUCUAAGAGGUUGUAUACGGCACACGUCUGUCUACCACUUAGCAGCAGAAGCACUCUCAGCGAUAGAGGAACUUCACGCUCUGAAUUACGUUCAUCGAGAUAUAAAACCCACCAAUUUUUGUAUCGGCCUCGCAGCGUCAGCCGUCCGACUUUAUCUGAUCGAUUUUGCUUAUCCGCAGCUCUUGACGUGGAAGCAGAGUCACAACGAGGUCGAAAUUCAAGAAGCUAAAACAAAAUUUUGGAAUAAUUUGUCUGAGUCUCUUACGGCUUGCUCUCCACAAAUAGUAGAAGCUGCAAAGAUGAUCAACACAAUGAACAGCCUAAAGCUGACUACUAGCUGGUUGAGAAGGCUCAUCAGGAUGCAGGGGAGAAUUCGUCAACUGAGAGGGUAA